AUGGAGGUCAUCAUGAAAAACGUCCCCCGCGAUCUCGGGGAUCGCAAUCUCUCCGCCCAACUUCAGCCUUACAUGAACGCUCUGGGUAUCCUUGCUUGGAUGUGUACGACCGCUCGCGGGAAGACCAUAGGCUUUGUUGUUUUCCUCGAAGAACAGGACGGCAAGGCCUUUCUCAACCGCCAUGGCAAAAAGGCCGUCACACCCGCCGACGCGCUAUCCUCCUCAAGUCGUCGAUUUGGCCGUUCCCGCGACAUUGCCCGUCUCUUCCUCAUGAAUACGCCCGUCUAUGUCUCCAUGAGCAACAAGACCCCAGACCCUUUCCAUCUUCGGUCCCUGCACUACCGCCUGGACGAACGGAUCAGCGCAGGUCCCGGUAGAGAGGAGACCCAGCCUGCUGUCACGCUCGCCACGUCCCGCCUGGCCUGCGGCCACCUCUUUCUGCCUUCCUCCCCCGGGACUCUCUAUUUUGUUGACGAGUGUCGUUGCGACUUUCUCGGAAUCGUCAAGUUCUACAGCAAGAUGCUCGUCCUCCGCUCCCAGCAUGCCGCGGGGACCAUCCUUCGUAUUCCCUACGAUACCAUGGAACAUGCCAUCUUCGAUUCCAAGGCCUCCAGCUUCACACUUGUCCUCAGAGAGGCUCCGCGCAUCUUUGCCCCGGAGACCGCCGCAGAGCUGAUGCAGCGUUUGUCCGUUUCCCCCGCCUCGAACAGGGGCAAGGCCCUCCGGCGCGUCACUCACAUACCCGACGCGCCUGCCCAUGGCCGCUACGUACCGCACUGUUUGGUCUAUCGGAUCGACAUUAUGGAAGUUGACGCACAUAAGCAUUCCGUCAUGACCCAGCUGAAAAGACAGGAGCUCUUCACCUUGUAUCAUGCAGGUUUGCCCAUUGUUCGAACCCCGCGUCCUCUUUACGACGACUUCGAGACGUCCUACAGGGCCUUUCAGCAGGACCUGGAGACAUGCGAACGCCAGAAGAGGGUCCCCUUCCGCCUCCUGUUUCAAUGCCAAGCCUGGGUCUGGAAUAAUUAUCUGCACCCGUUCGUCGCAGCCCGACUCCUCAAACGAAUUCGGACCGCCUUCGAAAAAGCGCGAAGAAGUCGUCGACCGGAUCCCGUCUCGGAAGAGUCGAUGAAGGCCCUGUACGAGACGAUUCCGUUUCCGUACCCCGGAAUUUCUCCUUCGGAACUCGAUGCCGAUCAACUCAUGCAUCGCAUCCUGCGCAAGGAGUCUCGCAGUGCCCAGGAUGAGGCCUUGAUGCCGGCUCCCCUGCCCACCGCCGAAAACUCGGGCCAGCGUGUCAACAUCUUCAAGGCCACUGUUACCCCGACGCGUAUCACCCUCCACGGGCCCGAUCCGGAGCCGAUGAACCGCAUCCUCCGCAAGUUCCCCGACUUCUCCGAGUUCUUUCUCCGGGUCCAGUUCUGCGACGAGAACGGCGACGACCUCUUCUUCUCGCCCAAAGUGUCCAACGACAUUAUCUUCGAGAGGUUUCGCAAGGUCCUCAUCAAUGGCGUCCCGGUGGCCGGGCGAGUCUACUCCUUUCUGGGCUUCUCGCACUCGUCGCUGCGCUCCCAUUCUGCUUGGUUCUCCGCUCCUUUCGUGGACAAGAACGGCGAGCUGCAGACGUACGGUGUCAUCAUCCGCUCCCUCGGCGACUUCAAACAGAUCCGUGUCCCCGCCAGGUGUGCUGCCCGUAUAGGGCAGGCCUUCUCUGAAACCCCUUCCUAUGUCUCCCUACUGAACGACGGCAUAAACGCCUACACCAUCCCGGACGUCAAGUCGGACGAUGGCGAACGCGUCUUCAGUGAUGGCGUCGGCUUUAUUUCCCAGGACGCGCUCGAUGUGAUUUGGGCGCGACUCGGCGGCGGCGUCGCGCCCACGGGUCUGCAAAUCCGCUGGGCCGGCGCCAAGGGGAUGCUCUGCCUGAACACCGUCGUCCCCGGCCGCUCCAUCCACGUACGCGACUCGAUGAUCAAGUUCCCCAGCGAGGACCGAGAGAACCUCGAAAUUUGCGACGCAGCGACCAAGCCGCUCCGGUUCGUCCUCAAUCGUCAGGUGAUCAAAAUCCUGGAGGACAUGGGGGUGUCGGACGACUGGUUCCUCUCGCUCCAGGCGCGCGAGAUCAACCGGCUCCGGGCCGUGACCGCCGACGCCUACAACACGGGCACCUUCCUCCAGCUCCAGGGUAUCGGCAACGGGUUCUACCUCUCGACCUUCAUCAAGACGCUGGACAAGUACGGCAUCGACUACCGCAUGGACGACUUCCUCCGGACCGUGGUCGAGUCGGUCGUCCUGCGCGAGCUCCGCCUCCUCAAGCACAAGGCGCGCAUCCCCGUGCCCAAGGGCGUGACCUUGUUCGGCGUCAUGGACGAGACCGGGUUCCUGGGGGAAGGGGAGGUGUACGUGACGUUCGACAGGGACCACCACCGCCGGUUCGGCACGUCCCUCAUCGACGACUCCCUGGCCGCCGACGGCUGGCUCCUGGUCACGCGCUCCCCGGCGCUGCACCCGGGCGACAUCCAGCUCGCCGAGAUGCGGACGCCGCCGGCGGGCCACCCGCUCCGGGCGCUGCGCAACUGCAUCGCCUUCAGCCGCCGCGGGACGCGCGACCUGCCCAGCCAGCUCAGCGGCGGGGACCUCGACGGCGACCUGUACAACGUCAUCUGGGACCGCGGGUGCUGGCCGGGGCGGAGCUGCAGCCCGGCCGACUACCCGCGGGUCACGGCGCAGGCGCUGGACAGGGAGGUGACGCGAGAGGACAUGGCGAACUGGUUUGUGGACUUUAUGAAGUCGGACGUCCUGGGCAUGAUCGCCACGCGCCACCUCGUGCUGUCGGACCAGAGGGACGAGGGGACGCUGGACCCGGAUUGUCUCCGGCUUGCCAUGUUGCAUUCUACCGCUGUUGAUUUCUCCAAGACGGGGCAGCCGGUGGAUGUGACUAGUAUGCCUAGGGCGGGCAAGUUCCGGCCUGAUUUUCUUGCGCCUGCCCCUCCGGCGAUCCUUCACGAUCGACACCACAUCGACUUUCUGGGAAAGCCGGCCGCACGCGACGACACGGACGCGGACGCGGACGAGGACGGCGGCGAAGACGCGUUUCGAUCGAACUACGAGUACUACAAGUCGGAGAAGAUCUUGGGGAGGUUAUACCGCAACGUGGACGAGAAGCGCAUCUGGGACGACGACAUCUGCCGCGUCGGGGAGAAGCGGGAGGGACCGGAGCUCUGGACGCAGUUCACGGCCUUGAUGCGGCGUAAGCUGCACCAGUAUGUGCAGGGGCGGAUCACGUGGCGGAAGAAGCGCGAGGAGGCGUGGCGAUUGCGCGACAUGUGGGUUUACGACUGCUUUUCCUUCUUCCCUCUUCCCUCUUCCCUCUUCUCGCUCCGUCUGUCGUCGUCUUGUUCCGCUCGGUUAUACGAAGAGGCGGUACACAGCGCCAUGUGGAAGUAUUCGGACAACCACAUGAAGAUGCUCCAGGAAGUGGAGGUGUUUUGCGGCACCAUCUUUAAUAAGAGCGGGUCGCAGACGCGGAGGCAGAAGGACAACUCGAGCAAGCUCAAGGAGGAGUUUGACCGCAUCGCAGCUAUGCUGGUUGGUCUUAUUCGGCGACGGAGCCGCGACGCGGAGCAACAGCAGCAACAGCAGCAAGACGGCUCCAGAUACGAGGGGACAGAUAUCGACCACGACGCCGGCGACGACGACGACGACGAUGCCGACGACCUGGUGGCGGCGGCGUUGGCACCAGGGAAAGACGCGCUGGAAUUGGCUUUCGCGUGCCUGGACGUGGGGAUGGUCAAACGCAACGAGGCGGAGUACAAGCAGCUAGCCGGGAUGCAGAGUUUUCGGGUCAUUGCCGCGAGCUGCCUGCUUAAGGAGAUGACGGCGUUUGUCAAUCGCCUUAGGGGUGGGAGCUUGAGGGUUAUGGGGGGUGGUGGUGGAUUUGUCGGGGUCAGCAGCGGCGGGCCGGCGAUAUUCCCUCAGUAUGGGGACAACCCGUGCGGUUUCGACCCGGGGCAUUUUCAGAAUUACGGGUUUACUCAGUAUUUGUAA